GCGCGGCCCCCGGCGGCGCCUGACAGGUGUGGGCGGCGGCGCGGCGCGGAGCAGCAUGUACGCCAAGGGGGGCAAGGGCUCGGCAGUGCCCUCAGACGGCCAGGCGCGCGAGAAGCUGGCGCUGUAUGUGUAUGAGUACCUGCUGCACGUGGGCGCCCAGAAGUCAGCCCAAACCUUCCUGUCAGAGAUUCGGUGGGAGAAGAACAUCACGCUUGGGGAGCCCCCAGGCUUCCUGCAUUCCUGGUGGUGCGUGUUCUGGGACCUGUACUGCGCCGCGCCAGACCGCAGGGAGACCUGCGACCACGCGGGCGAGGCCAAGGCCUUCCAGGACCACAGUGCUGCGGCCACCCCGAGCCCGGUGAUGGGGACCAUGACCCCGAGUGACGCAAUGACCCCAGGCCCCAUGGCAUCUGGCUUCUUUCAGCCUUUCAUGUCCCCGCGGUUCCCAGGGGGCCCCCGGCCCACCCUGAGGAUGCCAAAUCAGCCUCCUGUGGGCCUCCCGGGCUCCCAGCCCCUGCUCCCUGGCGCCAUGGACCCCUCCGCUCGCAUGCAGGGGCACUCGAGCAUGGGCGGCCCGAUGCAGAGAGUGACACCACCCCGGGGCAUGGCAGGCGUCGGGCCCCAGGGCUAUGGAGGCGGCAUGCGGCCCCCGCCCAACGCCCUCACCGGACCAGGACUACCUACCAUGAACAUGACCCCUGGAGUUCGCGGCCCUUGGGCCAGCCCUAGUGGCAACUCGAUCCCCUACUCUUCCUCUUCCCCGGUCAGCUACACGGGACCCCCAGGAGGUGGUGGGCCCCCCGGGACGCCUAUCAUGCCCAGCCCUGGAGAUUCCACCACAUCCAGCGAGAGCAUGUUCACCCUUAUGAACCCCCUGGGGCCGGGCGCCGGCAGGGCUAAUUUCCCUCUCGGGCCCGGCGCUGAGGGCCCUAUGGCCGCCGUGAGCGCGAUGGAGCCGCACCCAGUGAACGGAUCCCUGGGCUCGGGUGACAUGGAUGGGUUGCCGAAGAGCUCCCCCGGCGCUGUGGCCGGCUUGAGCACCGCCCCGGGCACCCCGCGGGACGACGGCGAGAUGGCGGCCGCCGGGACCUUCCUGCACCCCUUCCCGGGCGAAAGCUACUCCCCAGGGAUGACCAUGAGCGUGUGACGGGCGGGUGGGGCGCAGCCGUGUCCUACCGGCCCAGGUCAUAGCUCUGGCACCUGGACACCUGGCCUGGCCGUCUCGGCCGGGAGCCUCGCACGAAGGACUCUCAUUUUAUAAAAUGCAAAGACCUCAGAGAUGCUCUUUCCCUAGUGGGCCUGGCCCAGGAUUGUCCCUGGGCUCCUCAAUAAAUGGAACUCGUUUUGGUUUUUGGUA